CCCUGUUUGGAAUGAUCAUUUGCUGAGCAACAAGUAUGGAGUGAAUACCGCAGCCUAAGAUGUUUGCUGUCUUUGGCCUGAGUUAGUUGAACAGCUGUUUUCUCCCUCAUGAGCUACAGAUAUAUUUUGAGGCUCCCACAUUGCUAGGAAGUUCCGAGUGAUUGGGAGUGAGGGCUGGGGGACUAAAUGUUUUUACUAGUAGGAAAAAAGUUUGAUCAACAGCUUCGAAACUUUGGAACUGCAGUGAACGAACGGUUGGUUUUGAAGGUGUUGCUAGGAUGUUUGAGAGAGGAGAGAAAAAGGGGAAAAGUAAGUGGAACAAAGCUACAUUAAUAAUUGAAAUUUUUUUGGAGUGGCCUUGAUUUAGUCCAUGAAAACAGUGGGUUGUGAUAACUUGUACAGCUCAUAUAAAGGCUGGUUAUUUUUGUGAGAAGGCAGAAUUCCAGAUGAGAGUGCUUGGCUGUGACACUACAACUCCUAGUGCCUCUGUAAAUGAGGGAUAGAUAGAUAGGUAGAUAGCUAGGUAGGUAGGUAAAUAGAUGAUAGGUAGAUGAUAGAUAGGUGUUAAUUUCCAUUAAGAAUGUAUAACAUGACUAACAGGCUCACUCAGACACUCAGGUAUUAGAUGUGGAUGUUGUACUUGGUCGAAGGUGACAGGUAUGUUUCAUUUCCUGGAUGGAUGAAAGAAGGUUUCUGGGUGAGGACAGCAACGUAUUCUGGGGAGACCAAGACCACUCUAGAGAGCCCAGGGUCUCCCAGAGGCCCUAGUUGUUGUGGGGAGUAGCAGGAUCAGGGUGAAAACUCAUAAAACUGGGUUUAGAUAAAGUGUUUGAAUGUCCUGUGCCCUCCACCUUCUAACACACUCCAAAGGGAGCUCUUUGGGCUCUGUCUCUGCUGGGCGAGUGAGCUAAGAACGGGGUUCUCGGAGAGAACUGGAGGGACGGUGAGGGCUUUGUUUCCUUGACGUGUGAGCAAACAUCCCAGGGUAAUGGAGGCAGAUGCUGAUGCUAAAGGUGGCCCGGCUCCCUCUGUCCUUGGAGCUGUCCAGGUGCUUGCUUCCCCGCUGGCGGAGGCAGCUGUGGACGGGCCCUUGCCUUGGCGGGCACUUUGCUCUCACAGUCCUGGCUGUCAGUAGCUGGUGGUCAGGACAGAUGUUCCCAUGGGAAGCAGCUCACAUGCCCUUCCUCUUUGCUGAAGAUUCUUCCAGUCCUUUCUCCUGGUGUUAGCCCAGGCGCACGGGGUGGGAGAGGGCCCACUGGCGGGAAAGCCGCCACCUUGGGGGCUGCUUGUUGAUUGCUGUCUGGCUCCACUGGUCCGCCCCGUCUGCACACCUCAGCUCCUUCCUCAAUGGGUUGGAACUGGGGAGGGAGGUGAAGGGCCCUGACGCCGGGCUGGUCAACUUGGGGCUUAUUUUGUAGGAUGGGACAUGGGGGUGGAAUGGCUCUUUCCCAGGGGCGAGAGACCCAAUCAGAUCUGUUUACUAGUGUAUGGCAAGGUCACAUGAGCGGGUCAAUGGCAGAUUAGGAGGCAGGAGAACCAGGUGGGAGGUUGUAGACAUUCGUGCGGUGGCCCGUGUGGCAUGUGCUGCUGAGUUGAGGCGGGUCAGGGCAGACCUUUGCAUUGUGAUUUGAUUUCACCCAUUAUUUCAGGAACCUCACCUUAAGAUAUUCUGAGGGGCUUCCCUCUUUCCUAAGAGUGACUGUUUUCUGACAAUUUCCUUGACUGAAGACAGAAAAGCAAAGGCCCGUAGGGUAGGCUGGCCGCCUCUGUGGAUUUCCUCAGAGGCUCAGCACAGAGUCCACCCCUGACUGAUGUUAUUUCCUAAUUUACUCGACAGUGAACAUUUGAAGAGCAGGGUCAGUUCCCACCUCUCUACACUGUCCAUCCAGCCUGUCCUCUCAGACAGUGAGGGAGUGACUUUUGCCCAGACGUGUUCAAAUAGCUCACUAGCUCUAUCCUGGGGACUUGGAGGCAACUAUCGCAAAUGUGGGAAGGGAAAAAUAUUUUCUAGAAAUUCAUUGCUUUCAAUUUCUGUUUCCCCGUUUAGUUCUGUAAAACCAGGGAAUGCAGAAGUGGGGGUAGUGAUGAUUGUUGCUCUGAGGCAGGCUCCUGACAAGCCCCCGAGGUCUGCAGCACAAGGCUCUGGAGAACUCUUAGUCCCCAGACCUGAGCUGCGCCUAAGUGUGCUUUUCAGUGUGAGACACGUUUCCCUGUGUGGGUGGUGCUGCUGUGAAUUACGCCAAGAGGCUGGCCCGGGGUCUGUGAAAUACAAAGUGUGUGCACCUUUCAUGUUGUCUAAAACUUGCAUUUUUGCGGGCUGUCUUGGUAAAAUCAUUUUUCUGGGUUGUCUUGGUAAGGUCAUUUACUCAAACCAAAGGAAGGUGUGCUGGGAGGUGAAAAGGGGUAGGGGAGACCUUUCUCCGAAUGAAGGGAGGAAGGAAGGAAUGACUAGAAGAAAGGGCAUAACUUACAAGUGGCUGCAGCAUGUUUGUCGUCUUAGGUGUCUGUGUUCAGACAUGUAUUUAGGAAUCAGCUCCCUUAAAGGAAGACUAUAGUCGGAAACAUGACCUUAUAGUGAAUGUUAUGAACUACGUAGCUUUUGAACACUUACUGUGUACCAGGUGGACUUGGAUGGGCUAAGUUCUAAGUGGUUUAUGAUCCUUCAUUACUCCUUCCUGUGAGGGAGGGACUGUUACUCUCCCACUGUUGCCAGAGGUCAGGAAUGUGCCUGAGGUCAGGGAACCACACGUGCCAGCGAGCUGGGUGUGAACUCAGGAGUGUGGGCUCCAGCACAGCUUCUGGGCACUUUCCUCAGGAAAGAGACAGAUGUGAUUCCUUAUUUGUUUAGGCGACUUUGUAAUGUGUACUUUUGCGUCUGUACUUGGAAUGACUCCACUUUCCUGAGGGUCUCCUGGGAGGGGAUGGUUCAGGAUGGCUCCCUGGGCAACAUCGAUGACCUGGCACAGCAGUAUGCAGAUUACUACAAUACCUACUUCUCCGAUGUGUGCGAGAAGAUGGAGGAGCUACGCAAACGGCGGGUUUCCCAGGACCUGGACCUGGAGAAAGCCGAUGCCAGCCCCACGUCACUUCAGCUGCGGUCCCAGAUUGAAGAGUCGCUUGGUUUCUGUAGCGCCGCGUCAACGCCAGAAGUGGAAAGAAAGAACUCUCUUCACAAGUCAAACUCAGAAGACAGCGCUGUAGGAAAAGGCGAUUGGAAGAAGAAAAAUAAGUAUUUCUGGCAGAACUUCCGAAAGAACCAGAAAGGAAUAAUGAGGCAGACUUCAAAAGGAGAAGAUGUGGGCUAUGUUGCUAGCGAGAUAACAAUGAGCGAUGAAGAGCGGAUUCAGCUGAUGAUGAUGGUCAAGGAGAAGAUGAUCACCAUUGAGGAGGCACUGGCCAGGCUCAAGGAGUAUGAGGCCCAGCACCGGCAGUCAACUGCCUUGGACCCUGCUGACUGGCCGGAAGGCUCUUACCCCACAUUCGAUGGCUCCUCAAACUGCAAUUCAAGAGAACAAUCGGAUGAUGAGACCGAGGAGUCGGUGAAGUUUAAGAGGUUACACAAGCUGGUCAACUCCACUCGCAGAGUGAGAAAGAAACUAAUCAGGGUGGACGAAAUGAAAAAGCCCAGCACUGAAGGUGGGGAGGAGCCUGUGUUUGAGAGUCCCCCGGCCCUGGAUGAGCGGGCCGCCCUGUACUCUGGCGUGCACAAGAAGCCCUUCUUGUUUGAUGGCUCCCCUGAGAAGCCUCCAGAAGAUGACUCAGACCCUUUCACCACUUCUCCAUCACCCAGCAACCUGGAAGCCUGGGCCGCGGGCCGGAAGUUGGUCAAAACCUUCAGCAAAGGCGACAGCCGGGGCCUCAUUAAGCCCCCCAAGAAGAUGGGGACGUUCUUCUCCUACCCGGAUGAAGAAAAGGCCCAGAAGGUCUCCCGCUCCCUGACCGAGGGGGAGAUGAAGAAGAGCCUGGGGUCCCUGAGCCACGGGGUAAGUACCGAUGGCGUGUGCUUCUGUGACAGCCACCGUCGCAGGCACCACCUGCUAGUGUCCCUGGAGGAGGUUCAGAGCGUCCGGAAGCACAUCCGCCUGAAGAAGACAGAUACUAAUUACUCCUGUUCCCGAGCUUUUCUCUGCCAGCGUCCCUCCAGAAAAGGAGUGCACAGCACGCCCUGUGACCUGCAGCUGCUGCGGCAGAGACCCAAAGGGGGAGGGAGCUGUGGCGUCCCCGGCAGGAGGGGGCGCGGGCGCCCCGCGGUCAGCGAGUUCAAUAUCACCUACGUGGUGGAGCGGAGCCUGUACAGCCACCUGAACCUGACCCAGCUAGUGCGCCCUGCCUCAGACAGGACCCUGAGCAAGGCUGAGAAGCAGGACCUGAGGCGGUGCCUGCUGGAGGAGGAGGAGGAGGCAAAGAGGAAGUGGGCCGCCACGGUCGACCGCUGUACUAAGAGGGUUCUCUUGAGAAUCCACCAGAAGUCCAGAACCUGCAGUUUUGGAGGAUUUGACUUGACUAAUCGCUCUCUGCACAUCGGCAGUAAUAACUCUUACCCGAUGGGUAAAGAAGGAGAUUUUGUGUACAAGGAAGUCAUCAAAUCACCUACCGCCUCCCGCAUCUCUCUUGGAAAAAAGGUCAAAUCCGUGAAAGAGACAAUGAGGAAGAGAAUGUCCAAAAAAUACAGCAACUCUGUCCCUGAACAGGACACGGGCCUCGAUGGAAUGCCUGGCUCUCCUCCAUCCUCCCAGCCUGACAGUGAACACAUGGACAAGCCCAAGCUCAAAGCCGGAGGUUCUGUAGAGAGCCUGCGGAGUUCUCUGAGUGGACAGAGCUCGAUGAGUGGUCAGACAGUGAGUACCACUGAUUCCUCCACCAGCAACAGGGAAAGUGUCAAGUCGGAAGACGGUGAUGAUGAGGAGCUCCCCUACCGGGGCCCCUUCUGUGGGCGCGCCAGGGUGCACACUGACUUCACACCCAGUCCCUAUGACACAGACUCACUCAAGCUCAAGAAAGGAGACAUCAUCGAUAUAAUCAGCAAACCACCCAUGGGCACCUGGAUGGGCCUGUUGAACAACAAGGUGGGCACCUUCAAGUUCAUCUACGUGGACGUGCUGAACGAGGAAGAGGAGAAGCCCAAGCGCCCCACCAGGAGGAAGAGAAAAGGAAGACCACCCCAGCCCAAGUCCGUGGAGGAUCUCCUUGACCGGAUUAACCUGAAGGAGCACAUGCCCACCUUCCUGUUCAAUGGAUAUGAGGAUCUGGACACCUUUAAGCUCCUGGAGGAAGAGGACUUGGAUGAGUUAAAUAUCAGGGACCCAGAACACAGAGCCGUUCUCCUGACAGCGGUGGAGCUGCUGCAGGAGUAUGACAGUAACAGCGACCAGUCUGGAUCCCAGGAGAAGCUGCUCGUUGACAGCCAGGCCCUGAGCGGGUGCUCCCCACGAGACUCAGGAUGCUAUGAAAGCAGUGAGAACCUGGAAAACGGCAAGACUCGGAAAUCCGGCCUUCUCUCUGCCAAGUCAUCAGCCGAGUCCAGCUUGAAGUCCUUCAGCAGGAAUCAGCUGGGCACCUUCCCAACGCUGCCGUUACCGAAGUCGGUGGACGCCCUGAAGCAGGGGGUGGAGAACAGGCUGGGCAGCGGCCUGACCCCUCACACUGUCAAGCGCUGUGAUCAGCCCUGUGCGACUGGCUUGAAUAAAAACCGGAGAAGCCUCCCCGUGUCCAUCUGCCGGAGCUGUGAGACCCUGGAGGGCCCGCAGCCUGUGAAGACCUGGCCCCGAUCCCAGUCCCUGGAUGACCUCCAAGGAGAGCCUGAUGCUGAAAAAGAUGUGCCUGGCGCGGUGACAGAACCCUGCCCUCAGAUUGUACCGGAAGUGCCACAAAAGACAGCCUCCUCCAUCGCCAAGGCUCACAGCCCCCAGGGAGAGUCUGCUGUUGACAAUGCGUUGCUACUGACCCAAAGCAAGAGGUUUUCUGACCCUCAGAAAACGACUACUAAGAAACUGGGCGGCUCGAUUACAGCCACUGCAAGUGGCACGUCGCCUCCUCCGUGUUUGCAAAACUAUGAUGCUCAGCCUCCUAGACACAGUUUAACAAGGACUCCUCUUGAGGGUCACAGAAAAGGACUUGCUCUUGAAGGAACCUAUCAGCCCCUGAACACCAAAGAAGGUGAGCAGCGGGGUCCUGAGGCCGUAACACCAGGCCGACAUCCUACGCAGCCUCCACCUGUUCCUGCCAAGAAGAGCAAAGAGCGCCUGGCCAACGGCCUCCACCCCUGCCCUCCAGGUCCUAGCGCACCGAGCCUGCCCCUGAAGAAGGGUGGCUCCAGCGGCCCCAGCGACUAUCCCUCUCCUCAGGCUUCUGAGCCUCCCUCCAGGCAGGAACCUGGCAGCCCACCAAGCUCACGGCCACCGCCCUGGCUCUCCGAGCUGCGGGAGAGCGCGAGCCUCCAGGAGCACGGCGUGAGACUGGGCCCGGCUGUGACCAGGAAGAUCUCCUGCGCUCGGGGAGUCGAUCUGGAAAUGCUCACUGAAGACAAGUUACGAGCUGAAGGCAUCGAUCUCACUGAGGAGCCAUAUUCUGAUAAGCACGGCCGCUGCGGGAUCCCCGAAGCCCUGGUGCAGAGAUACGCAGAGGACCUGGAUCAGCCCGAGAGGGACGUGGCCACCAACAUGGACCAGAUCCGGGUGAAGCUGCUGCGCAAGCAGCACCGCAUGGCGAUCCCGAGUGGCGGACUCACAGAAAUCUGUAGAAAGCCCCUCUCCCCCGGAUGUGUUUCGUCUGUGUCGGAUUGGCUGAUCUCCAUCGGUCUGCCCAUGUACACCAGCGCCCUCACGGAAGCGGGGUUCCGCACACUGGGCCAAGUGCCUUCUCUGUCCCACACUUGCCUUCAGGAGGCCGGCAUCACAGAGGAGAGACACAUAAGCAAGCUCAUAUCUGCAGCCAGACUCUUCAAACUGCCGCCCGGCCCCGAGGCCAUGUAGCCAGGCCCUCGACGGAACUCCCUGGACAAGAGCCACCCUUUCACUGUGCUUAUGUUGCUGAUGCAAUUUCUCCUUCCCUGGACAUGCAGACCAGAUCCAGAAGAAAGGCCCAGUUUGUGGCCAGACGGAGCUCGAAACCUUGGCACGGGACCGAUAACCCUCUCUUCUCCAGAAAAGCCCCUUUGAGGAAAUGGGGGUGGUUCUCUUUGACACCCCCCUCCCCUCCAAAGAAAAGAGGAGCACUUAUUUUUAUUUUCAGAACACGAUAGAACCCAGAUGCCAACUUGCCACAAAUGCUGUGCCUCCGGUCUGUCUGGGUGCCCUGGGAGAGAGGGCUGGGGGCAGAGGGAGGGGCAGCCGGUUCCGUUUCUGAUGGUGCCGUUGACCUUCUGUCUGUCACCCUGCAGGGUCCCCGAGGACCAGACAGGCUUAGCUAGGCCAAAGUAACAGACUCGGGAGUGAUUGUACAUCGGUUGACACGCUCAUUGGUUCAAAAGUAAGAAAAUCUGUCUGCACUAGAGGAACAAACAGUCCUAUUCUCCUUUAGAUAAACGAGACAUUUUAAUAAUUGCUUUCUAGCAAUCAGCUUUUAUUUGCCUUAAUGUAAGCUUUCAAGCAGUUAUCUAACUAGUGUUCACUACCCUGUAACCAUAGUUCCAAGUCUUCAGCUUAGACUGCCAUCUAACAUAUCUGGGAUGUUUCCAGCAAAAAUGGGCUUUUCUAAGGAUCUCAUUCUCCAUGGCUUAUUUUGUAGGAGUGUUUAUCUGGCACAAAUUUCACGUUGGCUUUCAGUUUUUAAACUAGCUACAAGUCUAGUGAAGAACUAUCUGGGAUUCACAAAGAUAUCAUGUGUGUCUAUGUGAGUGUGGGGGGCGGGCGGUGUGUGGGCGCUUACAGAACCACCUUUCCUUUUAAUCAGUUUGGUGGUGUUACCCUGUUGGUCACUGCUGCGGUAUUGGCUUGGACCCCUGACCAGGUCCAUCCCAAAACUCUGUCACCAGAUCACCUUUGCAAAGAGCCAUUGUAAGGCUGGUUUCAGAGAGAUGUUUUGAAAAAGGGAAGUAGUUUAUGAGAUGUUUUUAAAGCUUUUUUUUCCUCCCCUGUUUUACAAUUAAGAUAUUGUUUUCCUUCUUAUUUAGAUCAUUCUUUUCAUUCAAAUAAAGGUUCAUUUUGGAGCCAGACAUACCACAUAUUUGCCACAUAUUAAGUAUUUGCAUAUUUUUGGUUGUUUCCAACUGAUAUCAGCACAUUCUAUCCUCUCGUAGUCUGUGUCUGAUUUUACAGCAAGCAGAAGUUUAGGCAACUACACGGAUAAGGUUUCCAUUUUUAUAAGAUGACUUUGCUUUACAUUCUUAUCGUGGGCACUGUGCUAAGCAUUGAAUGUGAUUACUUACAGUACAAAUUCAACACAAAACUCUGACCAAAAGUUCUGUAACAGUUCAUCUACUGGCUAAGAUAGAUGAUUUCCCUCGGGAGGGAAAAUACUGAUUUCCUUCACCACAAAGCCAUCUUUAGUGUUUGCUUUAUAUAUUUAAAUCCACGUUUCGGGGGGAAGAACGUUCUCAGGUGAUGUAUGUGUUCAUGCUUCGGUAUGCGUUUUUAAAAAUAAUAGACAUUCUUCAAUGAUACCGUCUGUAGGGUGCCAUGUGAAGAAGUUGUGGAAAUCUGGAAUAAAAAAGCAAAAGCUGUCGAAUUUCUAUGGCACUCUUAAAACAGCCCAUUUUUGUCACCUUGGGUUCUGACACCCCGGUUAGCAUGGUCCAUUUGGGAAGUAAGGCGGCUGCAGUUCUGUAACCACGUGGCGGAACCCCAUUUCCCAUGGCGCGGUGGAGGCGGGGCGAAGACGGGCUUCUCACCUGUGUUUGCAGUAAGCUCAGCAUGACGGGAGGGGCCCUGCUCAUAUUUAAAGCUGAGCAAAAUGACCACGCAUAAAUCAGGUAACAGGGGAAGGAGAAAUCUUGUGUGAAUUCCCACGUUUCAAUUCCUUUUCACUGUAACAUUUUCAUUUAAGUAAAAAUGGCACCAGAAAAGGGAAUUUUCUGAGCUUGAGCUUUUGAGAAUGCCAAACCGUAUUUUUGUCACUCUUCCUUGGAAAUCAUUGCCUUUGCAUACAAACCUCAAAUUCAGGGACCAGGAAUAAUUGUCGGUGGGAAGGUCUUCCUAAUCUUAAAGGUCUGAGGUGGUUUUUACUUGAUUGUGCUUUUUAAAAUCUUGUUUUUAAUUGUUAGUAUUUGUUGAGUCUUCUUUUGCUUUAAACUCUUAACUUGAUCUUAGAAAAAAAAAGCCUCAGUGUUUGUGUGUGACAUUUGACUGAGGUGGUUUGGGGCUGCCUGCAGGUGUUGGAAGACAGGCGGGAGGUGUCAGCAAUAUCCAGGAUUAACCAGUUGCACUUGGUACAGGAGGUUGAGGAACCGGUGGAAACGGUUGUCUAGGGAAAGCACAAAAGAAACCUGGAGAGGCAGUUAGGCUCAGGUAGCUACACAUCCGUUGUGUACAUUUUUGCUUGGAAGCUGUCUAGGAGGAGAUGCAGCCAGCCCCGACCACGACUGACAUUCCCACAUAGCCAAGUAGGAGAUAGGUUUCUAUGGCCUGCCUGCCUUCUUAGCCAGAGCCCUUUCCUCCCACCUGAACUGGCGGCGGGUGACAUUGGAAAUGACUGGUGUAUUGGUAAUCCGUUCCUGACAUAGCAAAGUUUGCUUUCAUACCAGCAGCAAAGGGAGUCAGUUCACCAAGUCACUGCUGCCUGUGUGUACUGUAUUCUUUACAGAAAAAUAAACCUAGUCGUCUGAGUCCAAGUUACCUUGAGUUUUAAAUUGAUAGAGAAAACAAACUGUCAAGCAAGUUAUAUAACAACUAACAACAUUGCACUUUCUGUAUAUGAAAUCAGUAUUUAAAUAACUUAUUUUUCUCCAUUGCUGUUUUUAAACAUUGUAAGUAGCUGUAAUAUACCAGUACCAGUAUGUUCUCGCAAUUGCUUCAGCCCAAGAACGCUGUGUAUUGUUUUAAAAAUUGUAAAAAUUAUUGUGAUGAUUCAUUUAGCAAAGAGAAAGGACGGAAGGGUUUUCCUAUGUAUCAAAACUUGUCUAUAAUUGUCAUCUAUGUACCUAGAAAAAAAAAAGUAAAUAAAUUUCUUCAGUUGAA